GGGGGGCGGAGACUCCAGGUCGGAGCGUGUACCUGUCGAACCGCGGCAACGGCAUUCGCCAGCAUCGAGGCAUCCUCCAGGAGGGCUUCAUGCAGUACGCGACAAACAAAUACCACGACACAAACAAUCCUGAUGGMAUAAUCAACUUGGGUACCAGUGAGAACAAACUGUGCCACGAUCUCCUUCAUGCACGAUUGACCAAGCCUGACAUGCUGUAUGUUGAGCCUUCUUUGCUGCAGUAUUCAGACUGGACGGGACAUGCUUUCCUCAGAGAGGAAGUUGCAAAUUUCCUGACUCAGCACUGCUGCUCCCCGAAGCCUCUGAAAGCUGACAACGUUGUGGUGAUGAAUGGCUGUGGCUCCCUCUUCUCAUGUAUAUCUGCAGUAAUUUGUGAUCCUAAAGAUGCAGUCCUUAUUCCGACUCCUUUCUAUGGUGUUAUCACUGAAGAUCUGAAUUUGUAUAGCGAUGUAAAACUUUUCCAUAUUCCCCUCGAUUGUGAGGCUGAAGGCAAAGACGGCCGACCGUUCCAGCUCACUGUGGCGAAACUAGAAGAGGGUCUAAACAGAGCUAAACAAGAGGGUCUGAUCAUCCGAGCCAUUAUUCUGAUGAACCCUCACAAUCCUCUGGCUGAGAUCUACACUCAGAAAGAAAUGAUUGUUUUCUUAGAGUUUGCCAAAAGGAAUGAGCUGCACGUCAUUGUGGACGAGGUGUACAUGCUGACGGUCUUUGAUGAAUCUGUCACCUUUCACAGCGUCCUCAGUCUAGACAGUUUGCCCGACCCGCAGAGGACGCAUGUGAUGUGGGGGUUGGGCAAGGACUUUGCGAUGGCAGGCAUCAGGAUAGGCACGCUGUAUACUGAGAACAGAGACGUUGUGGAGGCUUUGGCUCAGCUGGGCUCCUUUCACGGUGUCCCUGGAACUUUGCAGCACCAGGUGGCACAGCUGCUUCAGGACACAGAAUGGAUCAACAAUACAUUUUUACCAGAAAACAGACGAAGGCUGAAAACUGCUCACAGCUUUCUGACUGGAGAGCUGCGCAGCAUAGGGACCCCCUUCCUGGACAGACCUGCUGCUCUGUAUGUCUGGGCUGACCUCAGAAAGUAUCUCCGGGAGUCAUCGUUUGAGGAGGAGCUGCAUCUGUGGAGGUGCUUCCUCAGACACAAGGUCGUGUUGAGCUGUGGCCAAGCYUUCUUCUGCUCCACACCCGGAUGGUUUCGAAUUGUCUUCGCCGAUCAACAGCACCACCUUCAGCUCGGCCUAAAGCGAAUUCGGGAGGCUUUGAAAGAAGCUGAAGAGAAAAGUGCCAGCGCUGAUACAGGCCCUAUCAAAAGGACUGCUGACAUGAGCCAAAGCUCAGUAAAAGWGGAGCGUGCCGAACCAGACAAGGCUGUGAUUGUCAAUACGACAUCAUCACCCCACAGCCAGUCAUCAGAGCAGCUGAAGGCGAGGGAUAGCCCCGCUCCUGACCCAGGCUCCAUUGCUGCCGAAGAGCUUGUUUUGCUGGACUGCCAAGCGUCGGAGCCCCCCGAGGACRUGGACUCGCUUAUCGGAACUCUCAGGCAUCAGAUCCGUUCGUCUGAUUGGCUGGAGAAAAACACUCCAGAGCUGUCUGCCGGCGAGGACCCGGAGAUUCUCGACGUGUUCAAGGCCCUGCUGCAAAGAGCCAGAAAGUAAGCUGGGGGAUUUUUUUAAAAAGCACAAAUGUAGCCGACAAAAUGUCCUCUCGUAUGAUUAAAAAACAGACACAAAUAUUGCACAAAACCGUGACUCAUUAGAGUUUUUGGUAAAGAAUGAAAAAAAAAACAUUUAAAGGUCAGGGUAUAAAAUAGUUUCAAAUGAAUUUUGAGGCCUUACUGUGAACCUACGAGUGAGGAAAACAUUGUUUUUUGUAAUCUACAUGACAUAUUGUAUGUUCCUCAAAUUCAAACUGAAUGCCAAAAGUAAUUCAACCAAGUUCAGUUCCACUCAGAUAUUAMCCGUCUGUAUUAUUUUUCAUGUACGCAGUUCCUUUUAUUUGAUUAUUUUCUGUGUAUUUACUGAUCUGUGAAUAAAGAGUCAAUUUAUGUCA